GUCGAGGACAAAGCAGUGAGUCAUUUGGCACUCAUCAGCAUUUGAAGAGACUUGGAGCACCUUAAACCUGCCGCUUUACGCCGGCAGAUGUAAGGGCUCUCAGUGAUGAGCGCACUUUGGCAUCGCUGUCUCCUGGUGCGAAUCAGCAAUCACAACCGUCUGCAGAUGCGCUUCACUUAGCCGUCGGGAUGUGAAAAUCACACUCAAAGUUGGUACUGCUGCUGUGUCCCAUCUUGCUGUGUUCAAGCUGAAAUUGUUCUUUCAUUUAACUGGAGCACCGUGGAUACUGCCCACUGUUAGUCUACCACAUUUCAAGGAGAGGUGGUUUCAUACCCCAAUAUUUAAGAAAAUGGACUUGCAAACUACAUUUUGUCUCGCUGCUCCGGAUGUGUUAAAACCUUUUGACGUUAAAGUAAUAAUGUAUAAAAAUGUAUUUCUGUAAUAGCUGAGGAGUCAGUUUUAACAUCAGGUAACAUUUCCUUGAUGGAUCACCUGAUUUAAGCACAGUAGGUUUUUUCUGCAUAUAUUAAGCCUCUCUCUGUGUGCUUCUGCAUGCAUCUUGUAGUUUUAUUUUUCUUGAUGCAUUGCCAACGUAAUGGCUCAUUUGCCAGAGGCAUCAUCAUUCAAAUUAUGUUUUGACAAGACAGACUUAAUGUGAUCAUUACUCUAAUGGCUUUUAUGCGAAUGCCCUGAUGCCCUUUUUUCUCCUGUGGUGAAUUCAAAUAGGUGUGUUUUUUUACCUUUGCUGUACUGGACAGUGUCAAUAGUCAGCAUAGUAUUGGAACAGAUGGUUCCUGUUCUGGACAGUAUGACCCCAGCGCCUCUAACUCAGAACUGCUCUAACAGCAGCCAGGUAUUAGUCCCCGAGCUUAACAUAGUCAAAGCUGUGGUUUUAGGGUUUGUGCUCGGUGUUUUCAUCAUGUUUGGAGUUGUGGGAAACAUCCUGGUAAUCCUCUCAGUAGUUUGCCAUCGACAUCUCAGGACAGUCACACAUUAUUUUAUUGUUAACCUGGCAGUGGCAGACCUGCUGCUGAGCUCCACUGUGCUGCCUUUCUCUGCCAUUUUUGAGAUUCUGGAUCGUUGGGUGUUUGGUCGGGUCUUCUGUAAUGUUUGGGCAGCUGUGGACGUGCUCUGCUGCACCGCCUCCAUCAUGAGCCUCUGCGUGAUCUCCGUGGACCGUUACAUUGGAGUCAGUUAUCCUCUAAGAUACCCAUCCAUAGUGACAAAACACAGGGCUUUCCUUGCAAUGAUGCUCUUGUGGGUCCUGUCUCUCAUCAUUUCCAUUGGACCCUUGUUUGGCUGGAAAGAGCCGCCACCGGAGGACGAAUCCAUUUGUAAGAUCACAGAGGAGCCAGGGUACGCCAUCUUCUCCGCUGUGGGCUCCUUCUACCUCCCUCUGGCCAUCAUACUGGUCAUGUACUGUCGAGUUUAUGUGGUGGCUCACAGAGAGAGCCAGGGCCUGAGAGAGGGCCACAAGACAGAGAAGUCCCACUCAGAGCGGGUAAUACUCAGGAUACACCGGGGCAACGCUACUGUUUCAGAGGAUGAGGCCCUUCGGAGCCGAACACAUUUUGCUCUACGUCUACUGAAGUUUUCACGUGAAAAAAAAGCUGCUAAAACGCUGGGCAUUGUGGUUGGCUGCUUUGUCUUGUGCUGGCUGCCCUUCUUCCUCGUGCUUCCCAUUGGCUCCAUGUUCCCUGCAUACAGACCUUCAGACACUGUUUUCAAGAUAACCUUCUGGCUCGGCUACUUCAACAGCUGCAUCAAUCCCAUCAUAUACCCAUGCUCCAAUCAGGAGUUUAAGAAAGCUUUCCAGAGAUUACUAGGAGUUCACUGCUUGAGAAAGACCCCCAGACCACCUCAUCUCACUGCAGGUCAGAUUCCACCACAGAGUCAAAGCCAAUCCCUGACUCUGGGAUUGGACAGCAGGGGGGCGCCCUGUCGGCUCAGCCCCUCCUCUUCAAUGGCCCUGUCCAGAACCCCAUCCUCCAGGGACAGCAGAGACUGGAGGAUGUUUUCCGGCAGCAGUCACACAGGCACAUCAGGACCGGCCGAGACCAGCAGGACUAAAGUGGCCAAGUUCUGCAGUAAAAGCUUCCAGCAGACAUGUUGCUGUGUCCUCGGUGGUGGGACUCCCACCGAGGAGUCAAACGGUGCCCACCCCUCUCCAGUCGGAAAACUUCCCACCAUUAAAAUCCAUCAACUGUCCCUGUCUGAAAAAGGAGAUCCUGUAUAACCACUGUAAUCCUUCAUCCAUUAGUCAUGACUCCCUUUUGAAGGUCACGGAUGAAAAUAUGUCUCCGCUACUCCUCGACAAAGGAUGUGAUGGAUGCUUUUAAAGUUGAAUGGAAAUAUCUCCCCUUUGAUAUCAUUUCCAUAUUUUUCUUGAAAUUGAAAAAAACUGAAGAACAUAUCACAUUUGCUGCAUUCAAACUCUGACAUCUACUUUAAAGCCCUUUAUACGCUGCAAAAUACUGCUUAUAUUUAUCUAUUAGUUACUUUAAAAAUUACUUUAUAACAUGGUGUUAAAUCUUACAUGACAUGUUGGAAGUGUACAGAAAAGGGAUCUGGCAAGUACUCACCUGACAUGGAUUAAAAGAGGAAAAAAUCCAUUGUAAAGAAGCUGUGAAAGUAUUUCCUCAAGUGGACCAAAAUACGUCUAUCCUGUUUACCUGUUUUAUAUGAACCACAAGCACUUUAAAUGUAAAAUAUAUGGAAAUAUAAAGCUUUUAUAUGUUGCAUGAGAUAGACAAAUGUUUGCUGGCCAGUGGCGCUCCUGAGGUUUGCCCAGUGAUGCUGUUCCUGUUGUUGAAAUGUUUGUGCACUAUACACAUUAAGUACCAAGAAAACUUGUGUACUUCCAUGUCACAUUACAAUAAAUUUCUAUGACAUAUUCCUGACAAGGGAUUCAUAAGGACAA